AUGAGUGCAGAAGCUGGAAGGAAACGUGGUCAUACUCCCUCCUCUGGGGACAAGAAGGCUAAGAGGAAGCCUAAGAGAAAGGAGACCUACUCAGUCUACAUCUACAAAGUACUCAAGCAGGUGCACCCGGACACCGGCAUCUCCUCCAAGGCCAUGAGCAUCAUGAACUCCUUCGUCAACGACAUCUUCGAGCGGCUGGCGGCGGAGGCCUCGCGCCUGGCCCAGUACACGCAGCGCUCCACCCUCGCUCCAGAGAAAGCUCCGUGUGAGGGGCGCGAGUUGGGAGCUUCUUACGAACUGGUGAAGCUGCUGCGGCGCCCAAACCUCUGGGUUCCCCAGCACAACCUGCUGUGGCCGGGCCGGGUUACCUGCGGGCAGGGUUACCUGCGCGGUGGGCAGGGUUACCUGCGGGCAGGGUUACCUGCGCGGUGGGCAGGGGUCAGCGAGCCGCUGGGCUCGGGGCUGGCGGGCAAGGUCUCGUCCUCGCACGACAAGCAGAUGAAAAACUUCGGUGUGAUCGAUGUCACACUUCAAAGGAGUAAAACAAUGGGGAAGGGCAGCCUGGAGUGCAGAUGGACCAAGUCUGAGAGGAAAAAGGAUCUUGGAAUGGUGGAGGAGGAGGAGGAGGAGGAUGCUGCCGUGUGGUCCCAAGCAAGUUGUGGGGCUGGAGAAGAGGAUGACAUGGGCAGAGUGGUCCCAUGA